AUGGUCGAGAAUGCUGAUGUUCUCAAAUGGCCGAGGCACACCAGGUAUACCCCCUCCAAGAAGUUUUCUAAUAAAUAUUGCAGGUUCUACCGGGAGAGAGGACAUAACACGGAGGAGUGCUUCCAACUUAAGGAUGAAGUCGAGAGGUUGGUAAGACAAGGAUACUUCCGGAGUCAAGUCCCCCCAAGUUGCAAAAUCAGUAAGGACGAGACAAGGAGAAGCAGGUCGAGGAUCCGAGAUCGAAAUUCCGGGCCUGCGAGGACGACCAAGGCCCAAACCACCGGAAACAAUGCACCAACCAAAGGGGUGAUCUACACUAUCGCAAGGGGUUCCAGCUCAGGAAAUUCGAACAAGGCCAGAAAAAGAUGUGCUAGAACUCUGAGCUCGAGUAGAGUAAGAGAGUUCGUGCUGAAGGUCGAGGAGGAAGAAGCCAUUUCUUUUAACAGCUCGGACAAGCCACAAGAAAGUGGAGAGAUGAACGAUCUAAUGGUCAUCAAGUUGGAUGUUGCAAACUUCAUGGUUCACAAAGUCCUGGUAGACAGUGGGAGCUCCGCAGAUAUCAUCUUCAAGAGCGUGGUUGACAAGAUGGGUUGCUGGCUAGCAGGGCUCGCAGGCGCCGGGACCCGCGAAGGGGGAUCUGCAGGAGCGGCGACCUGCUUCCCCUUCCUCAAUUUGUUCGCGGCCGCCUUCAGCCGCAUGGCAUUGCGAGAGCUCUUGAUCAAACUAUCUACAAAACAGAGGAAUGUGAGCGAACUCGAACAGAGCAAUAAGGAACAUAUGUUACAAGAAAAAGAGAUCACCUAA